AUGGCGACCAUACGACGGACUGCGCUGCUGUUCGUCAGUAUCAUCUUGAUCUCUGUGGCAGGUGCAAGCCCUCCACAGGUGAAUUUCCCCAUCAGUUCGCAAGCUCCCCCCGUUGCUCGAGCUGGACAGCCAUUUCAAUUCCAGUUCGCAUCAACUACUUUCGAACCUGAACCGGACAGGCUGCAAUAUUCAUUAAUAGGCAAUCCGUUGUGGCUCUCAAUCCAUGGACACAAUCGUACACUCUAUGGAACGCCGAGGACUAAAGAUGUUGGUACAGUGACCUUCACCAUCACAGCGGCCGGAGAAGCUGGUGCAGUGGCAAACCUAGACUCUAGCCUAGUUGUCACAGAGGAUCGAGGUCCUACAUUGAAUACAAAUGUCUCGGAAGUGCUGUCUAAAGCCGGACAACUCUCAGGCCCGAAACGCCUAGCAUUACUUCCAAGCCAGCCAUUCGAGAUAGACUUCCCAGCCGAUACAUUUAUCAGCGAAAACAAGAACACAUUUUACUUUGCGAGUCUUGACAACCACACGCCUCUUCCGUCCUGGAUCAGCUUCGACGCCGAUGCUAUUCGAUUUGCUGGUACACCUCCAGCGACCUCCAUUCCACAGGUUUACGAUGUUCUUCUUAUGGUAUCCAACCUCCCUGGCUAUGCGACCGCUUCUCUAUCCUUCAGCUUGGUAGUCAGCAACCACCAAUUCUUCUUCAACCCUCUACAGGAUACCAUCACCGUCAACAAAGGUGAUGAGGUGAACAUCAAAGGGCUUCGCGAGCACCUGCUUCUUGAUGGUUCGCCGAUCUUGGACAGCGAUGUCGGAUCGGCCAGUGCCGACGUGCCCUCGUGGCUGAGUUUCGAUGAAAACACGCUGGAUGUAAAGGGGAACCCUCCAUCUGGUCUCAUGUCUCAGGACAUUGAAAUCAGCGUCAUCGACAGGUUUGGAGACGCUGCUAAUCAUUCAAUUCAUCUGGUCUUUAAAUCCGCUCUGUUCACAGGCGAGCUUGGCAGAAUCAACAUAACAGCUGGGAGAUAUUUCGAAUACCAGAUCCCAUCAUCUGUAUUGGCCAACAAAGAAGAGCAAGUCCGCAUUGAUUUCGGUUCUCUCGCAAAAUGGCUUGGGUUCAACUCAGCUAACCUCACCAUGUCUGGUACCAUACCUAAGGAUCAUUCACCUGUAGAUACCCAGGCAACCAUUAUCGCAACAUCGAAAGAUGGCAACAUGAAAGACAUGCAAAGUUUCCAUGUUCACAUCUCAGGGUCUGAUGCAGUGGGUGACGAACCGACCGGAACAGGUGCCACCGGCGAAUUUGCACAUCCACCUUCCAAAAGAGCAGGUGUGAUCGCAGGCGCCACUGUGGGAGCACUCAUUGGUGCAUCCAUCUUCAUCGCUCUGUUGCUGGUGCUGUGUCGACGAAAAAAAAAACAAGAUGGAUACAUCAGCCCCAGAGUACCACGAAGCCCGCGGAAAGUAGAUAUAUCGCGACCCAUCAUGAUUCACGAUGAAUGGGAACGCCACGACAAUUCGUUCGACCGCGAUCUGGAGAAGGCUGGUUCUAGGGAGAAAACGCCAGAGCAUCCGCCACAGCUUAAUCUUGACCUGGCUAUGAGAAGAAAAGCUAGCCAGUCUUUCUCAAGCGAUAUCAGCGAAAGUGAAACCAAGAUCCUAACAGCGUUCGACCGUUCCUCGUGGGGAUUUAAGGAUGAGGCUGGGCCAUCCCAUCGCCCCCAUGAGUCCAUGAAGAUACCUACAGCCAUGGCAAGACGUGAGUCCGAAAAGUCCAAUGCCACGACUGCUCCAGUGCCAACACAGCGACCAAAAUCAGCCGUGUAUCGCGACAGUCACCACAGCUCAGGCCCUCCGGUUAAUAGGCGCCUCACUGAGCUUGGCCAUAGCCGUCAGACACCAUCGCGAAGCAACAAUAGCGUAUCAGGACUCCGAAGGCCAUUGAGUAACAACUCCUACAGCACUAAAUCUACGAGUAUACUCUCGACUGUUCCAUCAGCACUACCUCAAUCUCCCGCGGCAAAACAUAUUACGCAGUUGACAAUACCAAAGGACAAGAGGCGAAGCGUCCGUCUUGUGGCAUCUCCUAGCAAUGCUCUGAUAGAUCGCAAUCUGGUUGACCGACGUACAAUAGAUGAGAAACGACGGAGUUAUAUCCGAAAACGAGCAUCCAACCAGUUCCCAGCACCGUUCUUUGGUGCGGACUCGGAUCGAAGCUCAUCGGCCGCUUACAAGUCGCCGCCUGCAUUCAUCAAUGAUUCGGAGCCGCCGUCGAUGCCAGCACCGUCCCCUGAAAUAUCACGGGUGGCAGCAAAAUCCGGCGAUGGCGAUGCCACGAAGUUCGAGAGAGAGUUACCAGCCAGCUUGAGGAUCCGCAAACCCUCCGAGACACCCUCAGUCGAGCCCCCUCAGUCGACCAUUACCUUCACAGGUAGUUUACGUAAACCUCCUACUGCCAGGUCCUUCACGAAUCGAUACACUACUUCGGCCAUCUCAGACCAGAGGCGAGUUCAGAAGCGAUAUGAGCGCGCUGGUGCCCCAGUGUAUCCUGGUACUGAUAUUCCACGAAGAUCAAGCACACGACAGAGUCUUCGCGCCCAGGAGCUGAAGUCCAGUUUGAACAACUUGACAGGGAGCAAGAUCUUCGACGAUGCUGAGAUGAGUGAGAGCGUCUACUCUACGGAAGAGGAAGACAUUGAAGAGUAUGAGAGAAGAACGACGAUCAAAGCCGGCCAAUAUACUCUGCCGCCGCUGAAACUGAACUCGAGCAAGCCGAGGAGAAAGGGUAGCAAGAGGAGCAGCAAUCGGGAUAGCAGGAGGGACGAUAAGAAUGACCUCAAACGAGACACCAAGGUUGCGAUCAAGAAGAUCAGCGAGCGGGAUCCUACCCCCUUCUCCCUGGCCCUAGAGCAUGGAGGCAAGGAGAACCACUCGUCGACCUACAGCCUCGAUCUGACAUCCUAUCACAAAGGCAAGGCGAAAUCAACCCAAGCAACCCAGUCUCCCGAGCGGCCCAAGACCACAAUAGCUACCACAACCCCCAGCAGACAGCGAUCUAGUCGUCAGCCCCGAGCCGAGUCAAGGACAACGGCUCGAUCAAGCACCGCACAGCGUGACGGAGACGCCGUCCUGAGCGACCGUCAAUCACAGUACCGCAGCCGACACUCUAGGACGCAGUCUCGCUAUUCCACCACCAAGCAAGGCCGCGACCGAUCCCGCACCCAAUCAUCCGCCUAUCCCUACUUCGACGCUGCCACCGCGCCCCUGACCACUCCAACAGCCGAAGAACCACCCAGCCCGAGCAAAAGCGACAAGGAAAACAUCCCAUCCCUCCCAGCAGACGGCUCGACAGAAGCCUCUCUAAUUUCUCGUGACACGUCGGGCAAUGUGCUCAACUACGCCGAGGCAGAGGACCCCACGAUCGAGAUACUGAACGGCUCGUCCAUCGGCUUCCGCACCUCCAACGGGCGCAUCAACUCUUCUGCUAGGAGAAGCCGCCUCGCCAGGUCGUUCUCGGACCAACAGGCCCAGAACCUUCCUCCUUCUGUCGGCGCGCCCUCGCGACGCAACACCGCCGUUCCGGGCACCAACAGCAACCGCAACAGCCAUGCCGCGGACGCCACGAUCGGCCUCGGUCUCGAUCUCACGGGCGGUGGAUAUGCGGGUCAGCUGCCAGAACCAGAGUCCAACGUCCAACGCGGAAGAGAGCGUCUCCCUCUCAGCGUGCUCGACGAUGGCAACGGUAACGGCAACGGCGAUGCGAUCACGCCCAGCAGCCCCGAGCAUCUGAGGAUCGGCGAGACGAAGGCUAAGAGGCCGAUCAGCAGCGAGGUGGACGAGGAGUUGAAGGUCGGAAACAGCAGGAAGGGGAGGCGCACGUGGGGCAGGAGCAUCAGGCGGAUUGUGCCCAGCGGGAGCAGCAACAUCUGGGGCAGCGGCGCGGGGGAUAGAGAGACGAAGGCUUUCUUGUGAUAGAAGCACGUUUUUGUAUCUGUUGUGAGGAGGGGGAGGGGGUACAGAAGUACGGGUUAGGCAUAUGUUGGAAAGGGAAGAUAGUUGGCAAGUGUCUGCGGCGACAGUGUAUCGGUUGAUGUCACAAUCGGGACUCUCGACUACACUUAGAUUCUUUUAUACCAUAGUGCUCUUCUGUGUUUUCGCUUUUUGCUUGUUAACAUCUUUUCAGCUGGGAAGCUGUUUCUAUGGAUUUGUUUCUCCACAUAAGGAGGAGGAGGGUUUGCUGGUUAGCAGAGUGCGGCGGAGUCGAUGGAGAUGGGAAGGAAUUGGGCUGUUUAGAAUAUACUCGCG